AUGGCGGUCACCGUCCUACCGGGCAGCUCUCUAACAGAGUCAGUGAAACAGGCUCUCCGCUCAACGACGACAUGCUCAGAUGCCACCGUGUUGUCCCUCCAAACACUCCUCCGCGCGCCGCCCAAGAUGGCCGAGAAAUCCACGAAACGCACAAAAUCCAUCAGAGAACCUGCCGCUGCACCGCCGAUGAGAACGAGAACCUCCCGCGCUACCAAGACGAAAUCUACGAGCGAGGCUGCCUUACAAACAUUGGCCGAUCAUGACGCGGCGGCAUUGUCGUGUCAGGAGAAGCUGGUCUUCGCUACGGAGGUGUUCAAUGCCACAUUAAAGACUCUUACAGAUGCGGCCAAAACCUCUGCAGCAAAGCGUCAAAACAAUUCUUCCGAAAAUGCCAGUGGCCUCGACGCGGGCAUUACCUCCGCUGCCGAGUGCGCCAGGUUUUCUUUGUCCACACUGCGCGCUCUUAAGAACGACGCCGGGAACGACCAAUUCCCGAACAUGCAGCUGGAGCAAGGACUGUGUGUUCUUGCAGGAAAACUUAUUUCCUUGGGGCUGAACGACAUUGCAUACAAAGAGCUACGACUGUUGAAACGAAGAAUCCAACAAUAUCUAGAUCGCGGAAAGACUGGGAAGAAAAGCCCGGAAUCGAAGGAAUCGACGGACGAAGAAGUUGCAAAAGAACGCAUGUCGGAUCUUUUGACGUUUGCACACAUCUCAAAUGCGAAGCCAUUGUUCGGCUUGCUUGUUCCGUUCCACUCGAAUGUGAUGAGGCUGUUUGCUGCGGAUCGAAGAGCCUCGACAAUCCAGAAGGUCUGCUCUUCUUUGCAACUUUCUGAUCCUAGUAGCCCUGCCCAAGUUAUCCUGGCUGCCUUGAAAUCGGGCCAACUCUCAAAUGACAAAGCUGCUCUCCAACUACAACUACUCUCGAAUACCAUUCUAUCGCUUUGUUCGGGCACAUCAUUCUCAAAGGACGAGGCAUCAAAUAGUUUGAAGCCUAUUACAUCAUUAACCUUGCAACUACUUUCCCUCGAGGUUCGAUGUUUAAGCUGGAAGCUGUCUGGUCAUGUUUGUGACGAGGGCAAGGAAGUCUUCGACCCUUUGCUUCGUUAUUUUGUCAACUUUUCUCACCGUAGCAAGGGCAUCGAGAAAGUGGAGUUUGCUUCAAUCUACAAAACAGUCACCCGACUCCAAACAUCGGUUUCUGAGAUUAAGAAAUCAUCAGAACCACUGAAUGCCACUCAGCCCGCCAAGCUUGUGACCAUCCUCGGCCAGCUGGCUUUCGACGCGGGCUGCUUUGAUGAGUCUAUGAAGCUGUUCAACCAGGCUAUCAAUCCUCUCUCGAAAACUCAAAGUCUGUCAUUAGCUACCGUUCGAUGCAAAAUUGCAUCUGUCCAUUUUCAAGCCCUGAAAACAUCGAAAAAGUUCUUGAAAGGCUCUUUGAGCUCUCUGUCAGAGGCGACUGACUCACUAGGGUUGCAACUCAGAGGCAGCGCAAAUGACCUGGACGAACUCCUUGUUGAGGCAGCAAGACUGAAGAAGGUGGCUCUUGCAUGGUUUGGAGAAGCUAUCACGCAAAGUUUCGAGACUGAAGGCGAGAAAAAUCAGGUUGCCGGCCAGAUCAGGGAAUAUCUUCAAGCGUUCCUCAGGUUUCUCAGACGCUAUGUUGGGCGACAACCAACAGAAGAUAGCGACGAAAGGGAGGUUGAGAUAUUCAACAAACGCAUUGAAAUUUCUAGAAGCAUCAUUCUUGCUGCCAUCGACUCAACUGUCGCCAUUGGGAAGCUUUCUAUCAUGUCCCAGAGGCCACCUUGGGAAGACAUGCUUCCCAUUCUGUCCGAUUGCCACCGCCUACUUUCGACUAUUGAAAAUCCCGAUGGACAAAGCACAGAGACGACAGAAAAUCUAGGGAUGGCAUUGGUUAAACUUUCAAACCUAUUUUGGUCUCGAUACAUCAAGGCAAAAGAAGCUGGACAGGGCUCUCGAGAACUUAUUCCCCUUCUCAAACAAUCCACCCAGCUGCUUUCGAGCUGCUCACCUUCUCAACGCAACACAGCCUUUGCAGCCCUCAAGUUCGAACGAAUGGCUCACCUGUACCUCGACGGCCAUAUGUACAGUGAAUCGGAGAAGAUGUUCCGACAGUCAAUUGAAGAAUACAUUCUCUCUGGCACCCUAGAGCAGAUCGUCAAAAGCAGUGGGGCACAAAAUCCAAGUAUGGUCAACCAGGAUCCCAAAAGCCCUGGCUUCAUGCUUGGUCGUGUACUUUCCGCCCUUCUAAAGAUGAAGCUGCGCAGGAAGGGAUCUCACUCUUCUGCUGUUUAUGAUGAUAGCGAAUUGAAUUUUGAACAGAGAGGUCUGCUUCUGGAGUGGCAGAUGAACCUGCUUGUGGACAUGCACAGUUACGCCUUGAACGAAGAAGAGUUCCGCUCAAUGCUUGGAUCGGCUGUUUCCUCUCUACUCGAUCUUUACCCCCUCGACACCUACCCCAUUCGUCAUUCCCGUGUGAUUCUCUCUGCCUUGCGGCUUCUACUGGAGCACCCUACCGCCUUGGAUUCAUCCAUGAUUGAAACUCUGUUGAAUACAGGGAAAGAAGCAUUGGAUGCAGGCGUACAGGUUCGAGAUGACAUUGAGCUCGCUUCGUUUGCAAUCCAUAUUUGUAACUCAUUGCGUAUCAUCAUUGGCUUCCACCGCGGCAAGAUCGAUCCCAGUGAACUCGACGAUACACUUGCGUCAUGGACUUCAUUGGCUCGUCAAUGCCGUGAAUGGAAAACAAUGCUGCUUUGCAUCAGCGACACAGACUACUGGGUUUUGCAGUUGAAAGCCCUAGUAGAUUAUACAGAAAUACAUGGGCUCUGGAAGGCUCAACUCUGCACUCUGGAACUGAUCUUGCGUGCUGCCGAGCUCCAGCAAUCAGGAGAUCUGUCAGAUGCUAUCAUCAUUCUGUCACGCUUGGUACUGCAAAAUUGUCGCCUGGGAUAUUGUCAAAAGGCAGCUGAACUGCUCUCGCGCGGCGAACAGUAUCUUGCUCAAACUAAGGUAUCAUCUCUCGCCACUAUUUCCUAUCAAGUUUCACGAGUGGAAUACCUAUUGGAGACUGGAGAACCCGACAAAGCGGCAGAUGUUCUUUCGACAGCCCAUGCGCUCUAUGAAAAGUGCCAAAAGUCAGAGCUGAGCAACUUGAGUGUCCUCUCGAAGAUUUCUUGGGAGAGACUAGUGGCAGAUGCUGCGUUUGUUCAGUCCCGUUUAUUCUCCGCACAGGGCUCAGCUACCCAAGCUCUCUACUUCGCGAAACUGUCUGUGAGAUUGAACUGCCGGAUCUGGGCCAAGGUUGAGCGGCUCGCUCAAAGAAAGCAAGACAAAUUGUUGCCUGCUGCAGCAAGCUCUGAAGUUGAGGCUGUUGCUGAUGGUAUUGCCAAGCUUGAUUUGUCUCAGAAGGGAUCUUCCCCGGAUGUAUCUGCCAGCUAUAUUCAAGGCGCGCCUUUCUGGCCGCACUUGGGCUCCCACCACACGUGUUUGUUGAAUCUCGCCACGUUAUCUGCCCACCAUGGCUUGUUCCAGGAUGCUAUCUACUACGCCGAACAGGCUCUGAAGAUUGAUAAGACUCUCGAUGCCAAUGCACGACUACUUGCGGCGCAGACUCAGCUCGGCUGCCAUUGGAUCAUUAGUGGGCAUUUGGAUGAGGGACAGGAUCAACUCUCUGCCGCAGCUGAGUCGUCUAAACAAACUCAAAGAAGUAUUGAAACCGUGUCCUUCCAAAUGGCACUUGCGUCCUUGUAUAAAAUACAAGGCGCUCACGACAAAGCACUUCGCGUUCUCCUUGAAGCAGACAAAAUAAUCACUGCUCUUGCCUCUGCCGAUACGCCUGCAAAUUUUGAGGCGUCAGGCGUGGCUGAAAUUGAAGAAAAGAUGGACAAGCUACGCGUCAGAGCAAGCAGUCGACGAACACCAACCCCUACCACAACUACUACUACGCGGCGGACUCGUUCAACGAGUUCCGCUGUCGCCAAAACUACCAAGAAAGCACCAGCUCCAAAACCAACUCUACCUGAAGUCGAAUCUAAGUCCCUAUUACAACUCAAAGGCAACAUUCUCAGACAGCAAGCUGAUUGUCUGCGAGAACUGCGUGAUUUCGAGCGAUCUGCGCAAACGCUUGCGGAAGCCAGACAAUUCGCCGUGGCUCGAGAAAGCAAGAUCACUUUGGAAAUCGGCGAAAGCGAGCAUCUACUAGCUGAUGCGAUCCGCCGUUUUGCCAGCCAUGCCGUGUACUGCGUCCUACCGGAAUCUACAAUUUCAUUGCCAUCGCUCAAGACACCCAGCAAAACGGCAAUCGAGCCUAGCAUACCCGCGAAGCCUUCCACUAGAAGAACCAGAGCUGCACCCAAAACCUCGCGCACCAAGGCCCAAAAGGCCAGCGAGGACUUCUCAGUCAUGCUUUCCAAGGCAAGCGAUUGUCUUGCCAGUGUCUUCUCUGAUGCCACUAUUCUAGGCUCAACGCUUGAUAGCCACGCAGCAUCACGCUUGAUGAGCCGAAUCUCUAUGCUAUCGCAUGCAACUUCUCCCGGGAUCCCAGCCACUCUGGCUCAAUCGCCCGCAAAUAUGAAUGAGAUCGGACGUGUUGGCGCAUUUGCUCGGGAACGUAUGGCUAUUGAUAUCGACCGUCAGCUAGCUGACUUCGCCGACCCUCUUCUCUGGCCAACCUCUUUCCCCUCGGCUGUCGAGCUGGAUGAUGACCUUUGCUCCAACUUUACACAGGACUACGUCGACAUUCUGCCCGAAAGCUGGAAUGUCCUCUCUCUGUCACUGAGUGCAGACCAAACUGAAUUUGUGGUUUCGCGGCUUCAGAAGGACCGUUCCCCGUUCCUUUUGCGCCUUCCCCUCCACCGAGGUAACUCGGAAGAUGACGAUGAAGAGCAAUUUACUUUUGAGGAUGGCAAAGGGGAGAUGCAAGAACUCAUCAAGCUGGCCAACGAAAGUGCCCAUGCAGCUAAGCUCCAGACCGACAAGCUCUCGAAGAAGGAAUGGUGGAAGACCCGCGAAGCCCUCGAUCGUCGGAUGGAAAGUGUCCUCCAGAACAUCGAGAAUAUCUGGUUUGGUGGAUUCCGCGGCGUUUUCUCGCCGCUGUCGCGGGAAACGACCGCGUUGGCCCGGUUCGCAAGCACUUUCCAAAACAUACUUGACAAGCAUCUUCCUUCUCGACAAAAAGGCGGCAAGGCCGCCGGACCCCGGCUCACCCUGCAUCAGAAUGUAGUGGACUUGUUCGUCGGGCUUCGUGAUCUUGAGGAGCAAGAAGAGCCCGAAGAUACGCUGAUGGAUCUACUUUAUUUCGUCGUGGAUAUCCUACAGUUCCAGGGCGAGCGCAAUGCCUACGACGAGAUUGACUUCGACAUGAUGGUCGUCGACACUCUUGAUGCCUUGCGAUGCUAUCAUGAAGCUGCACGCGAUGAGCUUGCAGCACGGCCACCGAAACACACCAUUCUCGUCCUUGACAAAGCCCUCCAUCUGUUCCCAUGGGAAUCUCUUCCCUGUCUUCAAGGAUACCCUGUCUGUCGUGUCCCAUCCCUCGAGUGCCUCCGGGACCGAGUUCUCCAAUUCCGCGAGUCAUCAUCCGGGGCCAUCGUGGACCGCAAGUCGGGCGCGUAUGUCCUCAAUCCGACAGGCGAUCUCCUCACAACGCAGACAACAUUCGAGCAAGAUCUCUCGCGGUUCAAAUCCUGGACGGCAGUCGUACAGCGUGAACCUACCGAAGACGAAUUCCGCGAUUGCCUCGAGAAAAAGGGUCUCUUCCUCUAUUUCGGCCACGGCAGCGGCGCCCAGUACAUCCGCGGCCGCACAGUCAAGCGGCUCACACAAUGCGCUGUUACCUUCCUUAUGGGAUGUAGCAGUGGCACCUUGACCGAAGCUGGCGAGUAUGAGCCCUACGGCACGCCGCUGAAUUAUCUCCAUGCAGGCAGUCCGGCGCUCGUGGCCACACUGUGGGAUGUUACGGACCGGGACAUUGAUCGGUUUACAACCACCGCCUUUGAUGCCUGGGGUCUCGUUGAGAAGAAAGAUAAAAAAGAUAAGGACCGAGAAGAUGUCGGACUUGAUGCGGCAGUUGCGCGCUCUCGCACAGCGUGUGUGUUGAAGUAUCUGAACGGUGCGGCGCCUGUCGUCUACGGAGUCCCGGUGUUUUUGGAGUAA